AUGGCACGUUCACUUUUGACGAGCCUUGUGCUGUUCUCUACUGCAUGCCAAAGCCAAGUCGUCCCGCAAUACUCUCGACCAGGGCAACUCACUGGUACAGCGUUUGGGAUACCAGGUGUGAACGCCGAAUAUGACUAUGUCAUUGUUGGCGCUGGGAUAGCAGGCUCUGUAGUCGCGGCCCGACUUACAGAACAUAGCAACGCGACUGUGGCAUUGAUCGAAGCUGGUGGCUUCUAUGAAUUUGGCAAUGGGAAUUGGAGCCAGAUUCCUGCUUACUCCAACAGAUGGAUUCGACAAGCGCCGGACAUGCCUCAGCAAUUGAUUGACUGGGGUUUGCGCACAGAGCCACAGGUGAAUGGUCGCGUAAUUCGUUACACCCAAGGCAAGAAUCUUGGUGGCAGCAGUGGCCGCAAUCAAAUGCUCUAUCAUCGCGGGAGCGAAGGAAGCUACGACGCCUGGGCCGAGAAAGUAGGCGAUGAUGCCUACCGAUGGGAGAACAUGUUACCAUUUUUCAAACGAACGAUGCAGUUCUCCCCAAACGCAGAGCGGAGGCCAGAGAACACAGCCGCAGGAGUCUACGAUGCGGACGCAUAUUCCGCCGAAGGAGGGCCCCUCCAGGUCAGCUUACCGGCAUACGUGGAACCAGUCUCGAACUAUGCGCCUGCAGUCUUCGAGGCCAUGGGUCUGCAGAGGCAGCCUGGUUCCAGCAGUGGUAGGCUAGAUGGCUACGCUUGGUGGCAGUAUACCGUCGAUCCAGAGACAGGGUUGCGCAGCUCAGCUGAGAGCUCUCUGCUCCAGCAAGCUUUUGGCCGACCAUCAUUGACAACUUACAUCAAUGCUCAAGCUCGCAAUAUCGUCUUCAAUGAUACCAAGGCCACCGGCGUGAACGUAACGAUCAAUGGCCAGUAUCCUUUCAUCCUUUCGGCCAGAAAAGAAGUUAUCAGUGCUGCUGGAGCAUGGCACUCACCUCAGCUCCUCAUGGUAUCGGGCAUCGGUCCCCGAUCGACUCUCGAGAGCCUCAAUAUUUCUGUCGUCUCCGACUUGCCUGGAGUUGGACAACACAUCCAUGACUCUUGCUCAAUAGGUGGUCCUUCUUACGAGAUCAAGGCGCCGGAGUACGAAGCUCUUCGCAAUAGCAGUAGUGCAGAGCGUACUUGGGAAGCCAACAGUCUCCUUCUGAACAACGCUUCAGGGCCCCUCUCGACCGGCGGUGGCGGAACCGUGGCUUGGUAUAAAAUUCCUGAAGCAGUCCGGGCACAAAUGUCUCCAAAUGCUCGUGCAGCGCUUGAGGCACUGCCAUCCGACUGGCCGGAAGUGGAAUUCAAUAUUGCAAGCAGUGAAACUGCGCUCAGUGUGAACGCGACCAACAAAGUCAUGGCGUCGGUCGGCGUUCUUCUGAUCGCUGCUUCCUCUCGGGGCAAUCUGACGAUUCGGUCCGCUUCUAACCUCGAUGCUCCCGUCAUCAAUCCGAAUUGGCUUCGCGACCCGAUUGAUCAAGAGGUUGCUGUGCAAGGAUACAAAGUUGCGCGUCAGGCUCUUCAAUCGUUGGACCCCAGCAUUCGAGUGGGAAGCGAGAUGUUCCCUGGCACGAACGUCACUUCCGAUGCUCAAAUCCUGGAGGCAGUGAAAUCGAGGAUUGGUGCAAUCCAUCACGCGGGAGGUGGAUGUGGCAUGGGUAAGGCGGGAGAUCCGGAGGCUGUUGUGGACUCCAAAGGUCGCGUGUUCGGGGUGCAGUCUCUGCGAGUUAUCGACUCCUCGAGCUUCGCAUUUGUGCCUCCGGGCCAUACUCAAGGCACUACGUAUGCUCACGCGGAGAAGCUGGUGCAGGACAUGUUGGAUGAGAUGUGA